AAGACACUGCCAUGGCCCACAGGUUCUUUGAAGAAAAACAUCAUGCGUUAGUUUACAAAAAGUAUCGCAUAAGUCCACCUGAUGAUGUUACAAGAGUCAUUCUGGAGUAUAUGGACAAAAAGAAAGGACCUCCUCAUGAGCUUGCUGUGGACCUGGGCUGUGGGACGGGACAGAACACUCGUCUCCUGGCACCUCACUUCCAGAAAGUAGUGGGUAUUGAUGUCAGUGAGUCCCAGUUGGAGGAAGCCAGGGCAGUGCCAGGGUUUGUUAAUGUCACCUACAGGUCAGGUCCAGCAGAGGUUCUGCCAUUUCCUGAUGGCUCUGUGGAUUUGCUGACUGCAGCAUGUGCAGCUCACUGGUUUGAUACCGAACCAUUCCUAAAGGAGGCUGCACGUGUGUUGAAGCCUCAUGGCUGCAUUGCUCUUCUGGGCUACAAUAAUGAGUUUAACCUGCAUUAUGGAUCCUGUGGUGACAAACUGAACAACAUCUGUGCAGAGGUAAUGGAGGUUUUCAAACCUUAUGCUAGUCCCCGGUUGGAGGCGGUCAGAAACAGACUGAAGGAUUUAUUUGAAGCUAUACCCUUCCCUGACAAAGAGAGGAUUGAAAGAAUUCCAACGAGAAUGGAAAUGACGGUUGAAGGUUUUGUAGGUUUUGUGGAGUCCUUGUCUUCUUGUCAGAUCUACUUUAAGACAGAUCCCCAAGCUGCAGUUGCUUUUUUAGAGUCAGUGAAGUCACGGUUUCUAGAGGAAAUGGGCGUCUCGUCACCUGACACUAAGUUACAGUUCACAACAGACUACUUUUGUGUGUUGGCAUGUAAACCGCAGUGAAAAGAACACUUCUGAUUUGAGACUGACAAUUAAAUUUAAGUGAGGACUGAUAUAAUGGUCAAUGCAAUAUAUUUUUCAUGGACAUUGACACUCCUCAUGAUCAUAUUAUUGCACUGAUAAAUGUCAUUAGGAAAAAUCAACCUUAUCUACCACAUACUGUAUGUGCACAGUAAAUGAUCGGGCACAUCAAGCCCAUGUAAUUUUUAAAAUUUUUCACGGUUCCUUCCUCCUAACAUAAUAUUUAAAUGUUUAAUCUAAAUAAUUAUCAUGCCUAAACGC